AUGGCAUUGAUUCGGCUUCAUCUGGAGGACACAAAGGCUCGUCAAAGCUGGAAAAAUGACUCUCGUCAAGCGACAGUAGCUUCAACCAUUGGUCGGGGUGACGCGACUCGAAUCAUCGAUACAAUCCUGGAAAGUAUCCACGAGGGCUGGAGACAUCUGAGUCCCAAACGUCAGUCUGACUUGCGGGCCAAGUUUCACGAACGCAAGAAGUACGGCAAGCGUUGGUUAUUACUCGCGGACAGGCUGGGACCGGGGAUCUUGUUGCUUUGCUCCACGAAGACGGCCAAUCUGGUGAGAAAUACGUCGGUCACAGCGAAAAUGCUCGAGGACAUUGCAUCGCAGGUACAAGCGUCGCAGGCGGAAACCAUGCGCACCCUGGCCAUCAUUAAUCCACUGGCCCAAUGCCUGUUUAGAGACGAAGGCUACUCGGAAUAUGACAGGGCGGAAAUUCUGCGGCAAAUCCGAGAUGUAGGGUCAGCGACUGUGUGA